UCGCCCUCCCAAAGUGCUGGGAUUACAGAUGUGAGCCAUUGUGACUGCCUAAGCAUUUUCAUUUUUCUAAUGAUAUCUUUUGAAGAUUAGAAGCUUUUGAUUUUGAUAAAGUAUGUGAUUUUGUUCUUUUAUGGAUUAUGCUUUUUGUUUUAUAUCUAAGAAAUCUUUGCUCAUUUCAAGGUAUUGAAGAUUUUAUUCCUUAUUUUUUGUCUGGAAUUUGUAUAGCUUUAUCUUUUAUAUACAUAUCUAUGAUUCAUUCUAAAUAUUUUUUGUGUGUGUAUGACAUGAUCUAAGGUUUGAGGCUUAUUUUUCCCAUACAGACAUUUAUGUGAUCUAGCAACAUUUGUUGAAAAGACUGUCACUGAGAUACCUUAGCACAUUAUCAGAAAUCAGUGGCCGUAUAUAUGUGAGUCCACUUUUGGACUCUCCAUUUUAUUCUGCUACCUGCACUUGCAUCGAUAGCAUACUAUCUUGAUUACCGUAGUCUUCAAAUGAAGUAGUGUAAGUUUUUCAACUUUGUGUUCCUUUCCUAAAAUUGUUUUAGCAUUCUUGGUCUUCUGCAGAUGCAUAUACAUUUUAGAAUGGGAAUAUGUUUUAUUGUUCUGGCUAGAUAAUUUGGUACCCUGGUCUUGAGUGGGUCAUUGUGAAUUCAGAAAUUAUACAAACAGAAGACAUAACUUUAAAGAAAAAGGCCACUGAAUGUGAUGUCAAAAUAGAGAUGGCUCUAAAAUGUUGACCCAUUAAUUGACAGGAAUAAUGACAAGCUCAUUAAAAAAGACAGAAAAAUUGAAAUGGAGAGCUUUUUAUGAAUAUAAAAAGGGUUAAUGUUUAGUUUACUUUCAAAAAUAUGAAAUUUAUUAUGAUUGCAAGAUACAUUAAUAGAGAAGUCAAGAGAGAGGUAAAUGGAGGCUUGGGAAAAAGACUGGUGAUGAAAAUAGAGAUUUGAGAGCAAUCAUCAUAGAAAUGAUAACAGAAAAAUUUGAGAGGAAGAAUGCAAAAAAAACACACACACAAGGGCCAAGGAUCGACCAGAGAAGAGCAUACAUAAUUAUGGUAGAGGGAGAAAGAGGAGAUUCAUGGAAGGUAAUGAAAUAAGUGCAGAGAAGAGAGAAAAGCAGUGUGGUGUCAUGGAAACCAAGGUCAGAGAAUGUUUCCAUGAGGUAGGAGUUUGAAGUGUCAAAGCAGACAAAGAUGAGAAAAAGAAGAAAAAGCAAAGUCCAGUGGCUUUAGCAAUGGAGAAUUAUUUGGUGACAUUUGAGCAAACAAUCUCAUGGGCAUGAACAUGCCAAAGCCAACCUGCAGGGAAAAAUGGGGAGUGGGAGAGAAAGGCUGCUUUAAUACUUCUGAAAAUAAAGGGAGAACAAUAAGAUGGUCACUAAAGAGAACCACAGGACCGGUUGUAUGCUCUCCAUACAUUUUAUAUAUGCUUGCUUUUUGACAAAAGGGACAAGUGCCUCUGCUUCUCAGAAUUGUCUGUUCACCAUCUUUUAAAAAAUAGAUAAGCUAGUUGGGCUUCAGAUAGCUGCAGAUUUCUCUCUCAUCUCUGGAGUCAUUCCUAUACCUCAAGUUGUCCAGUCCUUUAUGAUGACAGUGGCAACUACACAAUGUUUUUUGUCACAGCUCUGUCUUCCUGACUUCACUCAAAAGGCCUACUGGAAUCAGCAAAAAAGAAAAAAAGAAAAAAAAAGAUUUCUUUGGUAGGGCUUGAGUCAUCAAUUUUAGUGGAGAGAUAACGGCAGAAGUCAUGUUGCAGUUGUUCUGUUUUGAGAGUAUAAUAACAUAUUUGGACCACAUCACCUCUCCAAAAUCAAGUUUCUAUAUUCAUAAUUCAACUGAAAUGCUGUGUAAAAGCUCCUCAGUGACCUUGUUAUGAAACCCAGUGGCCACUUCACAAAAUUUUCCAUCUUCAAAUAUUUCGAACUACUAUAUUAUUUUUUUUCACAAGACUUUCAUCUUUAUGGUUUUCUUGACAGGCACUUCACCAGAGUCCUCCUUGUUAAGAGGGUUUAAAGACUGGGUAUUGCUAUCGGUUGAAAUAUAGAGCAUGGCUUUCUCCUUGCUGUCCUUUUCCCUUCCUAACAUCACUCUAAUACCUGUGAGGUGAGCAUACAGGCAGAAGUCCUCUCCAUGCACAGGAAGUAGUUUGCUCUACAGUAACAAUGUUCAUACGUAUAAAGCCCCAAAGAGGCACAAGUAGGCUUCUCUCUUCAUGUGAGAGGACCCUGCAUGAGCAUUCUGAUUAAAAAGAAGGGAAUUCAAUCCAAUCUCAGUACAAUUAUCAGUGUUCUUUGUUUUAAAGUCCAAUUGCUGCUGAGAAUUUACUCCUUGUUGACUCCAUUUAUUGCUUUCAGACACUGAUAUAGCAGAAUGCAGAGAAAGAACUUCACAGAAGUGACAGAAUUCGUCUUCUUGGGAUUCUCUAGCUUUGGAAAGCAUCAGAUAACCCUCUUUGUGGUUUUCCUAACUGUCUACAUUUUAACUCUGGCUGGUAACAUCAUCACUGUGACUAUCAUCCACAUUGACCAUCAUCUCCACACUCCUAUGUAUUUCUUCCUAAGCAUGCUGGCCAGUUCAGAGACGGUGUACACACUGGUCAUUGUGCCACGAAUGCUUUCCAGCCUCAUUUUUCAUAACCAGCCUAUCUCCUUGGCAGGCUGUGCAACCCAAAUGUUCUUUUUUGUUAUCUUGGCCACUAAUAAUUGCUUCCUGCUUACUGCAAUGGGUUAUGACCGCUAUGUAGCCAUCUGCAGGCCCCUGAGGUACACUGUCAUCAUGAGCAAGGGACUGUAUGCCCAGCUGGUGUGUGGGUCCUUUGGCACUGGUCUGGCUAUGGCAGUUCUCCAUGUGACAGCCAUGUUCAAUUUGCCCUUCUGUGGCAUAGUAGUGGACCACUUCUUUUGUGAUAUUUACCCAGUCAUGAAACUUUCUUGCACUGAUACCACUAUCAAUGAGAUAAUCAAUUAUGGUGUAAGUUCAUUUGUGAUUUUCAUGCCCAUAGGCCUAAUAUUUAUCUCCUAUGUCCUCAUCAUCUCUUCCAUCCUUAAAAUUGCCUCAUCCGAGGGCUGGAAGAAGACCUUCGCCACCUGUGCCUCCCACCUCACUGUGGUCAUUGUCCACUAUGGCUGUGCCUCCAUUGCCUACCUCAAGCCCAAGUCAGAAAGUUCAUUAGAAAAAGACCUUCUUCUUUCCAUGACAUAUACCAUCAUCACUCCCCUUCUCAACCCUGUUGUUUACAGUCUGAGAAACAAGGAGUUCAAGGAUGCCCUAUGCAGAAUUGUGGGCAGAAAUAUUUAACAGAUUGGAUAAUUUCAUCAAGAGACUGUUAGCCCAGUGAGUGUGUCUACUUGCAAACAUGCCACAAUACACACAUUCGUCAAAUGUAAUAUUUGUUGAGAAUACUGUCAGAGAAUUAGAAAUGCUUUUCUUUUUUAUGUUCUAGAGAUGGCAGAAAGCAGGAUUUCUGCUCUGGUGAAUUUUGUUACCAGAUACAAGAAUCACUCCAAGCUGGAUUAAGACUACUUGUUUCUGUGGUUGAAGAUUUCAGUUUUGAAAGCUUUUUGGCUUGCAUUUUACUUCAACUCUCUGACAGUCAAAUCUUUGACCUAGUCUGGUUAAGGGAAGUGGAGAAUAGGCAGUGGGAACAUAGGUGGCAGGGAUUUUAGGAAAAUAAGCUUCAGAGACACCAACUUUUAUUUCUCUCUGCUUAUAUAAAAAAGGAAGCUUUCAUUCUCAGGAGUCAAAUAAUAUUCCAGGUGAUAGUCAUUUUAUGAUGAUAUCUUAAUUCUUACUGAUUGAAAAAUGAACAGUUUUGAAAAAAGUCUCUUCUUUUAUUAUCCAGCUAUAUUUGCUCCUCAAAUAGAGUUCAUUUCUAAGUGUAUUCUUUUCCAUCUGUGCAAUCAAGGCAGAAAUCUCUGCUGUUCCCUGGGGAUAAGCAGAAAGAAGACAUACUGGUGGCUUUUCUCUAAAACUAUGUUUUUAUCCAGAUGCACUUUUCAUAAAGACUCAUCUGUUUUCAACCUAUGGUAGCUUUUUAGAUUUUUAAUUUAUAUGUAGUAGCUUCGAUGACAUUGAAGUUGUCUUAGAUAUUGGUUGUACUAAUUCUAGAGUCCAAGGUAAAUACCAUUAACUUCCAUUCUCUUGGCAAACUGUGCAAACUUCAUGCUUCUCCAGAUAUGUGUUUGUAAAAUAAGCAUAACUAUGCUACAUUAUUGUAUAUUGUCCAUGGGAAACAUUGUGGGAAUAUUUUGUUUUAUGACUCUUCCCACCAGAGUUUAUCUUUACCCUGAGACAGAGCUGGAAGAUACUUCCUAAGAGACACAGGUAUGGAAACAUCUGCUUUCACACACUCAGGACAUCUAUUGUUUUUCCAUCCUCAAGUCAGUUCCUAUCUCUUACUUCCCAGUUUUAUUUUUCUGUUCCUGACCACAGAAAUAGGGUUAAGUAUCUUCUAGGUGACCUGUGAACUUCUCUUUUUUCUACAGAUCCUUCUGUGAGGAGAUCACAAACUGGAGGUGAAGGGUCACUCCACAGUGUCCCCUUGAUUUGGCUGUCCCACUCGGAUAACAUCAUAGCUGAUAGCAGGGUCUCCCUACUGGCCAGCCACAUAUCCUUCUCAAAAGGUGUCUAAACCUGGGGUUCAUAGUUUUUAGGGGAUGCCUUGGUGGGUGUCAGAGGGUUUUUAAACUUUUUCGAAAUUAUCCACCACAUUUUUAAUGUAAGUGUUAAUGUGACUUUUUCAUCGUAUUCUUAAAGAAUUUACUCUGGCAUAAGUAUUUCUUCCCUCAAAUCCAAGCAGACAUAUGAGACCAGAUCCAACUUUCUUUCUUCAUAGAUCAUUUACUUCCACAGUAUCCUUACAUCUUCUUGAAGAAGGGUUCUUUGGCCUGGUCCAGUUUUGCCUAUACGGGCAUUGCUAUUCUUAUACUAGUUAGAGAAUAUGGAAGGUAUGGGUGAUUCUCAGCUUGGAGGUUGAGGAAUAAUGGGUUAUAGGGGAUAUCAGAGGGCAAGCGUGGUCUUUAUUGAAAGUUUUCCUGUCUUCCUCCAUCCCUUCCUGUAUUCCCUAAGUGUUUCCAAAUCGUUGCUGCUCCUCCAACACUUCAUGGAUGAAUAAAUCCCCACUAGUGUUAGUUGUUUUACAUACUUUGCAUGGAUUUAGACUCACUAGAGAAAGGAGCAUCUACAGGCAAAGUGCAAUAGUAUAAGAAUGGGUAGGUCUAUUUGAUCACAGAUCCCUCCUGGAGGAUGAAUUAGAAAGAGUGAGUCAUUUUAUUGCUGCUUUUAUUGUCUAUGCAAAAUGCUUAUAUUGAUAGCUAAUGUGGCAGUUAUUUUCACUAUCUCAAUUGUUUUUUUGUUGUUAUUAUCAUCUUAAUUACUCCCCAAUGUCUCACUGUACCCAUACUCCUUUAUUUUUCUUCUUUUGUACAUUUCAAAUACUUUCAUUCUUUUAAUAUGUUUUUUGUUAAGCCAUUUUAUUCACCAGAAAAAUGCUAUGCUCAUAAUAUCACUUACUUAUUAAAUCUAUGUACCUUUUUAA